AAUAUUGAUGAAGAAGACUGGUUAGGAGCAAGAAACUACUGUAGGAUGCGUUGCAUGGAUUUGGUAUCAUUGGAGACAAAAGAAAAAAACGAAUGGUUAAAGUUAGCAAUCGCAAGAGAUGAUGUCGACGAAGUUUGGACGUCUGGCAGAAUAUGCGAUUUUAACGGUUGCAACAGACCGGACCUCUUGCCUAAAGACGUAAACGGUUGGUUUUGGACCUCCAUCUUUGCAAAACUGCCUCCCACUACAGAUAGAAUUUCAAACGACUGGUCGGAAACUGGAGAAUUAGGAAAAAGACAACCGGACAACAGGGAAUAUUCUAUAAACAGGAAACUGGAAAGUUGUUUGGCUGUAUUCAACAAUAAAUAUAACGAUGGAAUUAAAUGGCAUGAUGCCGUAUGCAGUAGAAGACGUUCUUUUGCUUGUGAGGAUAGUAAAGAAUUAUUGCAAUACGCCAGAUACAUCAGACCAGACCUAAAAAUCUGA